GCUCUCCUACGCAUUUCACGAGUUGCAUCUGUUUCAGCUGAUACCGCACCAACGGAAGAUAUGCUGGGCUUUCGCCCUUUGCGCAUAGCAAAAAGGAAAUUGCAUUCCUACAGCAAAGUUCCUACAUACAACGAUGUCGAAGAUGCAGACGCCGAAUACACCGAAAAGCAGUACGAGAGCGACGACGAGAGCAGCAGCUAUGAAUCUUCUGCCACAUCCUCACCCUACUCGUCGCGAGCCUCAUCAGGCGCACAUUCUCCUCCCAUUCUCCAGAAACCACAGCUCGCUCGGUCUAGUGUGAGGGCGUAUAGCUAUCGAGGCUGGAGGAGAUUUACACGAUACUUUGGGCUGGCCAUUGGCAGCGUGCUGGUGCUCUUCGUAUAUUUCUUGCUAAGUAGAAGUUGGGCUUCAGCACGGUAUGCCGAAUUGGGAUUGCACAAGGCGCCGACUGUGCCGCGAGUAUGGGAAAGCUUUCCAUUCUUGAAAAGAUAUCAUGGCGGUAUACGAACUUUGAGAAGCCGGAAAGACAACGAACCCGAAUACCCCAAAGAGGAGGAUAUCAAUCCGGAAAUGCCAGAAGAAACAACAAAUAAGGGAUCCCGCAAAGAUAAACGGAUGGAAGGUGGCAAUCUGACAGAUUCUAUUGUCUUCAACCCUUACCCCGAUUACGAGGGUCUAAGCUAUGUGGACCAGUAUGGUCCUGUCGAGCCAUGCUUCCUGGACUCGAACGACACAAUUGAGCUGCCAUCGUUACGAGUAUAUGAAGGUGUCACGGACGGAACUCCUGACAAUGUCAUGGGCUCCUAUGAGAUGUUUGGCUUGCGCAACGAUGUAUGCUUUGAGCGAUUCGGUCGACUAGGGCCAUAUGGGCUUGGAUAUUCCACCAAGCACGGUGGCAACGGGGCAGCUCUGGAAGGCGAUCGAGAGGGCAUAGAGAAGGUUUGGGAACAGACGGGCGAGGUCGAUUACCGCCAGGUGAAAUGGGGUGAAGUUCUCGAUCGAUGUUUGCAGAAGAACGAAGGCCGCUUCCAACCACGUGGAAUGGGUCGUAACAACGUCUUCCAGAAAAUGGCCACAAAAGGGCCAGCUACCGAGACAGUCGAAAAGCGCGGCGAAAAGGACGGUAUUUUUAACAACGGUACCGUCCGCGAGCAGCUCAAAGCAACACAUAACAAACUACUCCCCCGGACGGCCUUUUUGAUCCGAACGUGGUCCGACUAUGAGUACGACGAUGAAGACAUCAUGUAUUUGCGGGCUUUGAUCUCCGAGCUAAGCAUUUCAUCUGGCGCCGAGUAUCAAGUUCACUUCUUGAUCCAUGUCAAGGAUGAUAACAAACAGAUUUGGGCUGAUGAAGAGGUCUAUCAGGAAGUAUUGGACAACGCGCUUCCUGCCGAGUUUUCUGGGAUGGGCACACUUUGGUCUGAGCGACAGAUGGGCCUCAUCUACGGUGGUCUCGAAGACUCCAUGUACCGCAAUCUCCCGAUACAUGGAGCCUAUCGCUCAGCAUACAUGCCAGUUACCUACUUUGCCCACCAGCACCCCGAGUUCGACUUCUUCUGGAAUUGGGAGAUGGAUGUGCGAUAUACUGGUCACUACUACCAUCUGCUAAAGCAGGUCGGAGACUGGGCUGACAAACAGCCGCGAAAAGGACUGUGGGAGCGCAACUCACGCUUCUACGUCCCUUCGGUGCACGGCACAUGGGAAGAGUUCUCACACAUGGUACGUGUUCAAACCGAACACGGUACAAACAGCAAGUCCAACGCCUGGUCCUCCCACCUCCCCGCCAAUCCAAAACUCCCUGAACCCGAGACACAGAAACCAGAGAAACCCAUCUGGGGCCCUGUCAUUCCUUCGGACUACCCCGAUAUCGAAAUCGACGAAGCUGUCCUUCCCCCGACCACCAUAACCGAGGACAAAUACACAUGGGGCGUCAACGAACCGGCCGAUCUCAUCGUCUUCAACCCUCUCUUCGACCCAGAAUCCACAGGCUGGCUCCUUGCCGACGACAUCACGGGCUACAAUACCACGACCUCCCUGCCCCCACGCCGCGUCGCAAUCAACACUUCCUCCCGCCUCUCCGCCCGCCUCCUCGCCACCAUGCACCGCUCCCAAUCGCACCACCGCCGUACCAUGUUCUCGGAGAUGUGGCCUGCGUCCGCAGCGCUCCACCACGGCCUUAAAGCUGUGUAUGCCCCACACCCCGUCUACAUCGACCGCAAAUGGCCGACGCAGUACCUUGCUGCCAUAUUCAACAACGGACGUAAUGGUGCUGCGGGCGGGUCCCGCACCUCCAUCUUCUCAGACGAACGCCAACAUAACUUCUUGGGCACGAGUUGGUAUUAUCAUGCCGGGUUUGCGCCGAAUCUUUGGAAGAGGUGGCUUGGGUAUAAAGUCGAUAAUGAUGGUGGGGAGGUGGAGGAACUUGCUGGUGAGGGGAGAAUGUGUCUUCCGGCCAUGCUGUUACAUCCUGUCAAACAAGUCGAUCUUGUGCAGGAGAAGAUGGCUCAGGAGGACGAAGAAAAGGGGGGUAGUGAGGAGAGAGUCUGA